UUUACGCAUCAAGUCGUCAAAAUGGUCGCUACCUAUGUUUCUACUUUGCUUUUGAGUGCUGGUGCACUCGUGUCUGCUGCGCCUGCAAGAGUCGAAGACCGCGCUGCCAGCUGCACCUUUAAGGACGUUGCUUCAAUCGAUAAAUCAUGCACGGAUAUUGUUCUUGAUAGCAUUUCCGUCCCCGCGGGCCAGACAUUGGACUUGACUAAGCUCAAAGACAACACCAAAGUCACCUUCAAAGGCACCACGUCCUUUGGCUACAAGGAAUGGAAAGGACCCCUCAUUUCCGUGUCGGGUACUAAGAUUACCGUUACUGGAGCAAGUGGACACGUCAUUGACGGGAAUGGUGCGAAAUGGUGGGAUGGCAAGGGAUCCAACGGCGGCAAGACGAAGCCAAAGUUCUUCUACGCCCACUCACUCAAGCAGUCCACCAUCUCCAACCUCAAUGUGAAAAACACCCCCGUCCAGGGUUUCUCGAUCAACACCGUAACCGAUCUCGUUGUUGAUCACAUCACCAUCGACAACAGUGCUGGAGAUGUGACCAACGGCGGCCACAACACUGACGCUUUCGACGUUGGCUCUUCAACUGGUGUGACCAUCUCCAACGCCAACAUCAAAAACCAAGACGAUUGUCUUGCCAUCAACUCCGGAAAGGAUAUUCACUUCAUUGGCGGUACCUGCUCUGGUGGCCACGGUCUCAGCAUCGGUUCUGUUGGAGGACGCUCGGAUAACACUGUCGACGGUGUAGUCAUUGAGAACUCGUCCAUCAGCAACUCUGACAACGGCGUUCGCAUCAAGACUGUCUCCGGUGCCACUGGUGCCGUCAACAACGUUACCUACAAGGAUAUCACGCUCUCGAACAUUGCCAAGUACGGUGUCAUCAUCCAGCAAGACUAUGAGAAUGGAUCGCCCACUGGCAAGCCAACCAACGGUGUGCCAAUCACCAAGCUGACCCUAGAUGGUGUCAAGGGAAGCGUAACCAGCAAAGCGGCUCCUGUUCAGAUUUUGUGUGGAAGCGGAAGCUGCUCUGACUGGACUUGGAAGGGUGUCAGUGUCACUGGAGGAGAGAAGAGCUCCAAGUGCCAAAAUGUGCCCAGCGUAGCUUCUUGUUAG